UUUCGAAAUGACGUAUGCACAAACCAUUUAAUUAUUGAGGUUAAUUUCCUGGAUUGUUUUUACUAGUAUAUUAAAUGUUUUGUGGGUUUUACGUUUCUUUUAUUGAAAAUAGAAAUUGAUUAUAUUGGUGUUUGAUGUAAAUUUAUGCAGUUAAAGGUGUUACCUAUUAUACAAAAAAUAUUUACCUGUGGCCUGAGGUGUAGCUGUGUGAAGCAUUUGCUGGAGAUGGAAGGUGUGAUCACAGCAUCUGGAGGCGUGAAAAGAAACGCAAGUAUAAUCGCUCCUUCUCCAUCAAAGAAGCCCUACUUUGUUGGAAUAUCUCCAUUGAAGGAUCUAACAAAAGUAAAAACACCAUGCGAUCGCCCAUUCAGGGUUUCUAUAGAAGGCAACAUUGCAGCAGGAAAAUCGACAUUUAUCAAAUUCUUUGAGGAGAAACCAGGAAUUGAAACCUACCUGGAACCUAUAGAGUCGUGGCGAAAUGUAAAUGGACAUAAUUUAUUGGAUCUUCUUUAUACUGAUAAAGAUGAAUGGCUACGGGCAUUUGAAAACUACGUUCUCCUCACACGACUGAUGGUACAAACAUCAAAGCCAAAGAGCUCUUCAACAACAGUUCAAAUCUUUGAAAGAUCCUUACAGAGCAGCAGGUAUUGUUUCUUAGAACAAGGUUAUACCAAUAACCAUAUCCAUGGAGCAGAUUAUGCAGUUUUAGACCAAUGGUAUAAAUGGGCCAGGGCAAAUCAUGAUAUAAGCUUAGACCUUAUAGUUUACUUGAGAUGUCCCCCAGAAGUUGCAUAUGAACGUAUAAAGAAAAGAGGACGUCCUGAAGAGACCAAAAUACCACUUCAGUAUCUACAAGAACUCCAUGAGAGCCAUGAAAAAUGGUUAAUGAGUGAAGACUCAUCCAAUACUACUCCAGUUAUAGUGUUCAACGUUGAUACGACGAUUGAGCAAGUUCAGGAACAAUGCAAGUUGAACGAAGAUAAGAUAUUAGAAAGGCCAAUAUAGCGCACAUACUGGCGGAGGCGAAGGAUAUGACAACAGCAUCCUCACUAAUCGCUUAAUGUUCCAUAGGUCUCGACAAAAGGGAAGUGAAGAAUGUGGAUGAAGAAAGCAAAGAAAAAAUCAAGAAAACAUUAAAGUUUUAACCUUCUGUGGCGGUAUUUCAUCAUGUACCUGCAUAUA